AUGGCUGCUGAAAUUAAUAUGGUAAUUUUGGCAUGGGACUUAUGUCUGCUAGAAUUACCAUAUUAA